AGAACAUUAUCAACAGGAAACAAGUCUCUGCAUAUCCACAAUUUCCCCUGCACUAAUCAAAACGUGCUUAGUGAUCGCAUGUGUUUUGUGAAGUCUUCUUGUUCCUACGAAUAUGGCACUUUCGACAAUUGUACGGAAAAUCAAACGAUGUUGGGUAAAGCACAAAAGACGCUUAAAAUUCAUAAUAGUCUUUCUCACUUCAUUAUGGAUGUUGUCAUGGAUACACAGGACCUUUAACGAAGAGGUGGACUAUAUCUUCAUUAAUGAAAACACAGACAAGAAAUGCGAAAUACCAAACUUGAAUACACACGAGAAAUCCAUUGCAAAAUUUUUAUAUCAUCUCAAGCCAAUUCAGUGUGAGAAAUCGUCAGAUUUUGUAUUUAUUGAUUCUAUUGGAUUCCUGAGAGUAAACGACACCGCUGUAUUUAAGUCUGGACAUAAAAACGUGUCAUGUACCUACUCCAUAGUAAAACGUUCUGGUGAUUACGACAUCGAAAUGGAAGCGGAAGUGCAUUUUUCAAACUCCGUGUAUGUUAAUGCUGAUUUUUUUCUUGUGAAGUGUAAGAAUAAGAGGAAAACUGUAGUAUAUAAAAAAUUACACCAUACCAUUGAUUACAAAUCCCGAAUGCAACAAUCACAAUUUCUUAAUGAAUCGAAGGAGCAUUUAAAUGUGUACGUAUUUGGGCUAGAUUCUUUGUCUAGAUUAGCUGCUGAAAGAACCAUUCCGUUAACACUUCGCUACCUGGAGCAAAAUCUGGGAGGAUAUAUCAUGAAAGGGUAUACGAAAGUCGGAGUAAACACAUUUCCGAAUUUGAUUAGUUUUCUAACAGGUAAAGUAUCUUAUUCAAACGAGUUACCCCCGUAUACAGAGAUUUUAGACCCGUAUCCGUUCAUUUGGAAAAAUUUUAGUAACUGUGGUUACGCCUCUCUCUUUGCUGAAGAUCUACCAGGAAUGGGGACAUUUACAUACUGGAAAGGCUUUAAGGAACAACCCUGUUUACACUACAUGAGACCUUUCUAUCUGGCAAUGGAUAAAUUAGGUCUGCCGAAUACUAACCAAGACCUUCUUACAUUAGAAAACUACAAUAUACACCUUUGGUACAGAUCCGCUUUGUGUGUUGGAAACACACCUAAACAUAAAAUGUUAAUGAAUUAUUACAAACAAUUUAUAGAAAUGUACGGUAAUAAAAGAAAGUUUGCUUUGAGCUGGCUAAAUGAACUUACUCAUGAAUUCGACAAUCUUGUACAGUUAGCCGACAGAGAUAUCAUGUUGUUUUUCGAAUGGUUGAAAGAAACGGGGAGGUUAACUAAUUCUAUAUUGAUAUUGAUGAGUGAUCACGGAAUAAUGCAAAAGGCUAUCAAAAACACACUAGCAGGACGAACAGAGAAUCGUAUGCCUUUAUUCGCCAUUGUGAUUCCACCCUCUAUGAAAUCUAAGUAUCCACACAUCCACGACAAUUUACAAACAAAUACUCAACGAUUGACAUCUGCAUUUGAUGCGCAUGAAACUUUAGUCGAUGUUUUAGAAAGCAAUUUUGUGCGCAGCAUGGAUUCGGUCAAUGAGCGAAAGAAACUUCCACGUGGUAUAAGUUUGUUUAGAAAAAUUCCAGAGAGACGAUCAUGUAAAGAGGCGGAGAUACCCGGCGAUUACUGUGUCUGUAAUUCAUACGAACGACUUAACAAACAUAACAAAACAUCAGAGGAUUUAGCGCAGUUUUUAGUUUCCUAUAUAAAUCAUGGUUUAUCUAAACAUGGGAGUAAAUGUUCAAGAUUACAUCUGUUAAAGAUAGUGAACACUUAUCUUGUGAAAUCAAAUUUACGACGCCGAAAAGAUCAGGAGAAAUUUUCCAUACGAAAAUUGAUUUUUGAACCCGACCCGGAAGAGGAAACUUACCUAUGCAUGUUUGAAACUGUUCCUGGACGUGCAAGCUUUGAAGCAACAGUUAGAUCAAACAAUAAAGGAUCGUAUGACGUCAUUGGUAGAGUGAAUCGAGUGAACAAAUAUGGCAACCAAUCGUUUUGCAUUCAGGACAAAUUUGCCAAACCUUUCUGUUACUGUGGAGGAGCUCAUUGAUGUACAUGAACAUGUUUGUAAUGGUUCAAAGGCAAACGCCACUUCAUUAUUUUCCACAGUCGUAAAAUGGCUGACAUGAUGCCAAAACGCCGUAAAACCAUAAAUCAUCAAUCCUAUUUUAAACAAAUAGAUUAUUCUUAAUAUAUAUAUAUAUAUAUAUAUAUAUAUAUAUAUAUAUAUAGUUGGACCGUUGGACCGAGCAUGGAAUGGUAAUUGGCGUUUCCCAGGUGAUAACCAUAAUUCAAUUAAAUACGGUAAAUUCGAAAUAGAAAUAUCUAAUCACUUGGAAAUAUGUGUUAUUUAUUAAUUUCCCCUUGCUCUAAGUGCUUACUAACAUCCAAAUGUUUAAAUCGGAAAAUACGUAAUGACAUUGUUCUGGGUUAUUUCAGUUGUAUUACCUGUUACGCAAUGACAUUGUUGUAGGUUAUUUGAGUUGCAUUAUCUGCUACGUACUGGCAUUGACUGUUCAAAGCGAUGUUGUGCUGAACUUGUUAUCAUGUUUAGUAACACAGCUUUAAAAUGAAGUUAAAAAAAGACACGUGGAAAAAACGUUUGGCCCUCUGGGAAGUAGCAUUUCAAAGAAGUUUUUGAUUUGACAUUUGAACGUCCUGUGUAAUUUGUUUAUAGCAAUUUAGUAGAUUAAAACAAUUGUUCAGUUUGUGGUGUCUGCUAUGAUAAUGUACAGUGUUUCAAUUUGAGACAAAAUAAAAAGUGAGAGAGUAGUGAGACA